UAAAAUCUAAGCUGGCAGUCAUAAAUAUACACAAGACAGCCAUUUUUUUAGAAAAAAAAAAUCGAGCGUGAUUUCCUUGCUGUCGGCGUUUUCUUUGGAGCUGCAGCUGAAAGUCCACCAAAAAUAUGCUCGCGGAUACGCUUCUUAUAGUUUUUAUAUCCAUAUGUACAGCCUUGUUAGCUGAAGGCAUUACAUGGCUUCUUGUAUACAGAACGGAGAAAUACCAAAAACUCAAGUCUGAAGUGGAGAAACAGAGCAAGAAAUUGGAAAAGAGAAAGGAAGCCAUAGGUGAAGCAAUAGACAAAACACAGAAGAGGAAACUAGAAAAACAGGAGGAAAAGCUGAAGAACAACAACAGAGACUUGUCCCUGGUGAAGAUGAAGUCCAUGUUUGCCAUUGGGUUUUGCUUCACUGCCCUUAUGAGUAUGUUCAACUCCAUAUUUGAUGGGCGUGUGGUUGCUAAGCUACCGUUCCUGCCCUUCUCCCUGCUGCAGGGACUGUCCCAUCGUAACCUGAUGGGGGAGGACUACACCGACUGUUCCUUCAUCUUCCUGUACAUCCUGUGCACCAUGUCCAUCAGACAGAACAUCCAGAAGAUGCUUGGAUUUGCUCCAUCCCGAGCAGCCAAUAAGCAAGCAGGAGGAUUUCUGGGCCCCCCUCCCCAACCUCCCAAGUAGAAGUCAUCAUCACAAAGCUGAGGCUCCCCCACAGUCUAUACACUUUCCCCAGGGGGUGGGGGCUCUGCUAAACUGAGCUGUUUAACCUUUUGUGGGGAUAGCCUCAAACCAGCUGUCAGCCAAUCAGAGAAACACCUAGGUGAUGUCUUGAGACUAAGCCAAUGCUCUAUUGGCUGAUGGCUUGUUAGAGGCCAUGCACCGCAAAAAAGUGGAAACCUCAGUCCGAUUAAGCAGGCUCUGCAUAGGAGAUGACAUCAUCAUCAGCAUCCCAUUGGCUGACCAGCUGCUGACCAUAUUUGGAUAUGUUGACCUGAUAUGGAGCAGCAUACUAGUACUUUUAAUUACUCAGCUGCCAACUGUCCUCUUUUUACAUGUGUAAUAGUUAUUCACUUUAUCUUGAUAAAUAACAAAUACAAUAAUAUCAUAAGAUAUGUGCCAUUUUCUUUAUCAUUAUUAAAAUGGUCCUAUAUCAAUGUACUGUUUGUUUGUUGUUAUUUAAACAUUAAACUAAAGUUAUGAAAGGUGUCAAAGAAAACAAAGUUAGGAGGAGAGAAAAUGCUUUAAAAGCUUUUGUCUUACAGGCAUCUUAAACAUCAUUAGAGUGUUGUUUUCUGAUAGAUAUUAAAGUAAGGUACAGUAAUAACAUAAUAAAUCCAUACUACUUCACAUUUUAUUCUCAAAGGAAAUGUAUGCAUGUACAGGGAAUGCAUGGAUAAGGUCUGCAUGGGGUUACUGAGUAUUAUAAGUUUUACAAACGCACAUCUCCAUGUGCAAUAAACUGAAAAGCAUAUCGCA